AACAGGAUGUCUCGUUCAUUCUGUAUAAAUGGCACCAUGCCAACUGAUCCUGCACAGUUUGAGGAUAUAUUGGUACAUAUGGAUGGCCUUGCAAUUGCAUUGGGAAUUGGUUUGGCAUUGGGUGGAGUAGCUUCAACAUUGCCACAACACUAUAAGAUUAUCAAGAGCAAGUCUGCUGCAGGUCUGAGUCCAAUAUGGUUAUUACUAGGCAACAUAAAUCAAUUCUCCGCCGUUGUCAAUGCAUUUAUACUAAAGUAUCCGCAAAUAGACGCUUGUUCAAAGUUGGGCUUUGCUAAAUGCGCACCAUCACUCUUGGCCUUCUUCCAACUCGCUUCACUCUGGCUAUUCACAUUCCCAAUAUUCAUGCUGUACAUACUAUUCACUCCAUAUGAUCUACGACGUAUAUUCCUUGCUGGUGGCGAUUUGAAGAACGCACGCCGCGAGUACAAGGCUGGCAAGGUAUUCUUUUUGUUCUUGAUAUUGUUCCUCAUUGCCAUCCCAAUUGCAAUGGCUGCGCUUCUGUAUCGCUAUGGUCCAUGUCGUCACACAACUUAUAUCUUUGGCUACGGCAUGGGCAUUCUCUCAACCGUUAUCACCUUUGUUCAAUGGUCUCCACAGAUUUACAAGACAUUCAGGGCAAAGAAAGUAGGAACAUUAUCAAUUGCAAUGAUGUGUAUACAGUGUCCAGGAACGAUCCUGACUAUCUACUUUAUGGUGUUUGUGUCGCACGAGAGUGUCUCGACAUGGCUAUCCUAUCUUAGUGCAGCGCUUCAAAUGGCGGUAUUGUUAACUCUUUUGUUCUACUAUCGUCACAAGAACAAGAAGGCAUCGGCCAUCAUCAAUGAGACUGGUGACAACUUCUCUGACGACUCUCAGGCAUCAUUCACCAAUUAUCUUGCAGCGACAGAGGAUUCUCAACCACUUCUGAAACGACCAGAACAAUCCUAG